AUGUUAUCUAAGUCUCAUUGUAGCCGUCCCGAAAUUCCUUCCUUGACCAUGAGCGACGAUAGCGAGGACACGUCUCUUCUCUCUGUCAAAUAUGUCCCUUCUCCGGAUACAUUGACCAAAUUAGUGAAACGUCUACGUGCGCUGACGCUGACGCUAUUACCGGUCGAAGUUUCUCCGAACAGUCUUAGUGAACCUACUAGCCGGAUUAUCACACCCCAAGUUAUUGCUGCGUACCGUGAAUCGGCGGGGGACUUCGUUGAAGCUCUCCCAUACUGCUUACUUAGAGCUCGAGCAGAAUUUAUGUAUGAUGCGGACCAUAACCCAGCUGAUUAUGGGGAGGACUACGGAAGAGCUAUCGCAUGUGAAGUGCUUGCUAGGAAAAUUGUGCAUCAGUCUCCACCAGAUCAGAUCAAUGCAUUUAUGUCGACACGCUUCAAACAUCGACAGCUGGAUGGAGACGAGAGUGACAUGGCGAGUGCCCUUGAGAUGGCCAUUGAUUCGCAUUGCACGAUAUUUUUGUCCUCAACGGAAGCACAGGAUGUCGUUGACGCGCUUUGGCAAGGAGACCUAAUUCAGAAAAAUAACGAAAAUCUUGAGAUUGAAUAUGUUCCAUACGCCGGAACCCAUCCUCGAACUUUCUGGGGACAUCUAGAACCAUCGCGUCUUUCAGUACCGCGAUAUCAAAAUGUCCUCCGUAUCGUUGUCUGGUUCGUGCUUCUGUUCGUUUACUGCCAGACAGUUCGACAGCCAGCAGAACGACUGGACCCUCUCAAUAAUGCCUACUUGGAUGGAUGGGAAGUUGUCUUUUACUUGUUAGCCCUAACUAUAGCUGUAGAAGAUAUUUACAAGUUCACGAAGCUCUUGACCUUUGUCACCUGGCGUGCAUUUUCGUUCUGGAAUAUGGUUUCUCUUAUUACCGAUUCGCUCAUACUUGCCGCAUUCAUUCUGCGGGUCGUUGCAAUGCGUGUAACAGGCGCUGAGCAGCAAAUCAACCUAAGGACUGCGAGCUUUCAAGUUCUUAGUUUUGUGUCGCCGUUCAUUUGGAUGAAGCUUUUGACUGUCUUUGAUGGUUAUAAGUACAUAGGCACAAUGCAAAUAUGUAUCGCUCGAAUGCUACAGGAAUCAAGCAUAUUUUUUGCUUUGUUGUCCAUCAUGGCUUUAGGUUUUACACAGGCUUUGUGGGCUUUGGACGCGGCCGAUGGUCAAGCCAGCCCACCAUCUUCGGUGGUGAAUGUGUUGGUGCAAGCUCUUCUAGGGUCUCCGAAUUUCGAAAUUUUCUCGAGUCUCGGCCUUGUGAUGUACUAUUUCUGGAAUGUCGUGACAGCAAUAAUUCUCCUCAACGUGUUGAUUUCCUUGUUUUCAUCGGCAUAUCAGAAUGUCGUGGAUGAUGCAGAAGCGCAAUAUUUGGCUUUCUUCGCGGGUAAAACGGUGGGAAUGAUCAGGGCACCUGAUGUCUAUGUCUAUCCUGCACCUUUCAAUCUCAUUGAAAUCGUUUUCGUCACGCCUUUCGAGUACAUUCCAGGGUUUCGUUUGAGCCACAAAAACUACGCCAAGCUAAAUAGAUUUGUGAUGCGGGUAGUUUUUGUUCUUCCUUUGACACUUAUUGCUCUGUACGAGUCGACUCGCGGACGCCACUGGGUGACGGAUUGGCUACGCAGUGAUAAUGAAGGUGACGAGAACUAUUCUCAAAGCAGGGAUCCAGAAGCAGAUGCUGAGGAGAAUGGCCGCAAGAUAAGCAAGGUCUCCUUCGAAGAACUGAUCAAGGCCUUUCCCAAUACCGCUCAGUCGAGCGAGGAGUUGCUUCUGAACGAGAUUGCUGGAUUAAAGAAGCAGCUGAGUACUGUUCUACAAAAACUGGAUGCUGGCGGUGCCAGUGUGAAAGGAGAAUAAUGGUUGUGUUCUAAAGGGGACGAACAGCACAUGGAUUUUCCGCAACUUAUUUAACGGGUAUGCAUUGGGUCAUAAACCCGAUUCUCACGAUUGUCAGGACAGGAACUUACGGGUCUAGUUAACUGUGCCGAGCUGAUGCUGGAUCCUAUUAUUCUACGAAUGUAGCAUCUUGAAUUUCUUGAUUCACUUCUUCCGAAAGUCCAUGCGUAUAGAACCAGGAGCACCCGCCUUGCCCUUUGGCGUUUCAUUGGCACUCGGGCUGUAU